UCGCUUAAGAUAUACAUCACCGCGGCACCAUCCGCGGUUUUCCAUGGGUAUCGGCGAGCCGAGAACCGUCCCGACGCUGGCCGACACGCACCAAGCCGCGGUUAGGACUGUCAAUCGUGGACGAGAUGCUGCGCUCGGAGUACGCUCGGUGACGAAUGAUAACGUCCGAAAUUGCGAUCUUUCGUGCGACGCGACACACGUGCGGUACACCUUCAAGUGCGACAACGAGUCCGGAGGAUCAUCUGCCGUGACGAGACAACCGUACUCCGAUUUGGCACGACGAUCGAAUACCAGUUAACAGAAACCUGAAGGAUCGAUGUUUAUUUUCUUGGUACUGUCUUUAAGAAGGCUUCCAGGAUUAUUCUGCUUUAACGCUGCUUUAAGCUGAAGCGACAUAUUAACGAGAUCAACGAAUGACUAGAGGAAAGUGUGAUAUCGUAAGAAGCUCCUCGCACAUAUAAACAUUCUCAUUUAUUGGCGAUCCAUACUGCUUCAUCAUUGAUUUCCGCGCUAUAUUUUAAACACUAAAACGACGAAAAAAUUAGUUUGGAAAUCGAAGCUCGACUUCGUGGUAGUUCCAAGACUACAUUUAGAAAUGUUCCAAGACUACAUUUUACAUUGUAGAUCUUAGACAUUGUGACUCUUACAAGUCGAUGUUAAAUUGCAGCUUAUUAAAUAUAGUGCACUGUUCAUCGACUUUGCGCGAGAAUUCUCCUCGUUAUGUCGUGAAGAAAUCUAUCCAGUAAGUCAAGCUUUUAUCAGCAAUUUCAUCCGAGUGAAAGAGUAAAAUAGAUGAAGAUAAUUUCGAAUGAUCUAAUCCGCCUUAUGUUGCGCUAAGUCGGUUGCUCGCUUAUUUUUUAUCGUUAUUCAUCAGCAAACAGCUCUGUCAGCUAAUAAACUAUUGCGAUUUGGCAAUAUCUUCUUAAGACAAUCCGAAUACGUAAGAACUUGAAGCAGUAUCAUUUGGAGCAAGUCAGAGUAUCAAGUAAACGUUCCAAAUAUUUCGUGUGACUCCUCGAGUUCGUAGGAUUGUGUGCAAAGGUAUCGCGAAGGCAAAGUGAGGAAAGGGUGAUGGUGAAUGGACUCACAUGGUUACUCUAUCCAAUAGACAGUGAAUCUGCUCGAAGGACACAUGGUUCGUCGACGGUGUUGGAUUUUUCUGAUCCCACGCAGUUUCCGAUUGUACCUGGCUCGGUGACUGUUGGCGAAUCUGUUCGCUCUUCGUGGACAAAGACUUCCAAGAAGGUGGUGUGUGAAGGGAAGUACCAGCCACGACGGGGCCCAGCGCCGGGGCGGAGACAAGGCCCCCGGUGCAGGGAAGAAGCGAGGCAGGGGAAGAAGUCGAGUUUAGCGUAGCAGCAACGGCCCUGAAACUACAGGGGAGAACAACUACCCCCUUGAACAGGGGGGAAACUAGAAGGCGACCUCGCCGACGGAGGCGACGGAAAAAGAAGCGACGGAGGUGCGGCUUAAUUUCGAUUAUAGGGUGGACAGAGGAACGAAACGGGUCUGGAGUGGCUUGGCAUUUUAAACGAAGGUGUCACACCGGGGAAGACGAAGGACUUUGAUUAUUAUCUUCCGCUACCACCUUGUGUAUACGUGGUAUACUCUCCUCCUUCUCCACUUGCUAAUUAAAAAGGUUCUGUAGUGCUCCAGUUAAUAAUUUUAUCCUCUUUUGGUAGUGAGCUCAGUGUGAUACAAAGUCAAAUGAUGUACAUGUGAUCCAAAAUGAUGGUAAUUUGAUACAUAUAUACAUAUAUAUAUAUAUAUAUAUAUAUAUGUUUGUGUGUGUGUGUGCUGUGCUGCUCAAGAGUGCGUGAGAUGACAAGGGUCAAGUGAGAAAAAAAUAAAAAAAGAUUCGUAAAGAAAUGCAAUUCCGAAGUGAUAAAUCUGUAUCUAUGUAAAGACGUGUGCCAGUGUGUCCGCACAGGAAGAGUACAAAACAAAAUAAAUUUACGAAGAUAAAGGGAUAGAGAGAAGAGUAGUAGAUCAAUUGAAGAUAACCAAAGGAAAGUCAGUCAGCAACGUAGAGAAGUGAUAUAAGCAGGUAGGACAGGUGGGACAGUAGCAUGAGUUCGUACUUUGCGAAUUCGUAUAUCCCGGACCUGCGAAAUGGCGGGGUGGAACACCCGCAUCAGCAUCAGCAGCACUAUGGUGCGGCCGUACAGGUACCUCAGCAAACACAAUCGGUCCAGCAACAGUCUCAACAAGCCAGUGAUCCCUGCGAUCCGAGUUUGUUACGUCAAGGAGUAUCCGCCCAUCAUUAUGGAACCGCGGGAAGUCAGCAAGACAUGCCUUAUCCAAGGUUUCCCCCGUACAACCGGAUCGACAUGCGGAACGCGGCCUACUAUCAACAUCAACAGGAACACGGAAGUAUGGACGGCAUGGCCGGUUAUAGGUCGACGUCUCCGAACACCAGUAUGGGUCACAUGGGACACUCAUCAACCCCUAACGGACAUCCGUCCACUCCUAUCGUCUAUGCCAGUUGCAAACUUCAGGCGGCUGCUGUCGAUCAUCAAGGCAGCGUUCUCGACGGACCGGAUAGCCCGCCUCUCGUCGAAUCGCAGAUGCACCACCAAAUGCACAGCCAACACCCUCAUAUGCAGACGCAGCAAUCGCAGCAUCCGCAGCAGCAAUCGCAGCAUCAGCAUCUACAGGCACAGCAACAACAUAUGAUAUACCAGCAGCAACAACAAUCUCAAUCUGCAUCGCAACAGGGACAAAGUGGAAUGCACCCGCAACAGCAACAGCAAGCUCAGCAACAUCAAAGCGUUGUUGCAUCGUCGCUCAGUCAACAACAGCAAGGCGCGCCUCAAGGUGCGUCGAGUGCGAACUUACCAAGUCCGUUGUAUCCUUGGAUGAGGAGUCAGUUUGAAAGGAAACGAGGUCGGCAGACCUAUACACGAUAUCAAACGUUAGAACUGGAAAAAGAAUUUCACUUCAAUCGAUAUCUUACUAGGCGGCGACGCAUCGAGAUCGCACACGCGCUAUGUUUGACGGAACGGCAGAUAAAGAUCUGGUUUCAAAACAGACGGAUGAAGUGGAAGAAAGAGAAUAAGACGAAAGGCGAGCCAGGCUCAGGCGAUGGCGACACUGAAAUCUCGCCGCAGACGUCGCCGCAGGGUUAAAAGAGCUCUGAGGGGAGUGGAACUUCCUGCCCACCUCUCUCAGGGUCGUUAAUACCUUGUUUCCAGCACUACCUCCUCCCUACCCAAACUCCAAUCCCCAUCGAUGACCUCCAAAUGAUCCCUCUAAGCAAUGACGCUUAUUUUGUCGUGUUAAUCAUGUUGCUUGUACCAAAAACGAAGCAGAUAACGAUGAAGACGAGGAAGUUGUAGAAGGACCUGUAAGAGCGCUUGAAGACGAUAAGAAGGCAACUUACGAUAACCCCAGAGACGUAAAGUUACGAGAAUGCAAGAAGAAGAGAAUAAAACGAAGUAAAGACGCACAAACGAGUCAGCAGAGGAUUGGCGUGAAUGCGCGUGAAAAAGGUGGAUCAAGAUUAUUGAUCGAGAAGAGUAAAUAAAACUGGAUCACAUGCUAAUCAGAACCGCGUUAACCUCUAUUACGUUUAAUUAACGAUUAUUGUAUACUA